AUUCGGUUCCGACGCGAGACGCUUAUCGCUUGACGCCUUACAAUUUCUUGUGCCCAGCUAAUUCGCAGCUGCUUAAUUUUUGUGUUCGCUUCUUUUCCUAUUUGUUACUAUCUGUACUUUCGCUCUCUUCUCCUUCUAUUUUUGUGUCGUGGAAAAAUAAACUUUUUGUGAUCGUGAUACGGACUGAUUUUAUUUAACGACCCGGCAACUCUCAAAGGACUUACGUUCACAUCAUACACGUGCUUCCCCACAUAAACAUUCAAUUAGUUCUUUCAAAACGUUAUUAAUAUUUGCACUAUUGUUUUUGCUUGUUCUACAUUCAAUUUAAAAUUUUAAGGGACUAAACAUCGAUAACUCUUUUCUAGUUCGAUAAUUCUUUCUUGAAUCUUUAAUAUUCAGAGUCAAAAUUACGGAAUCCAAAAUAUAUAAAACUAGAUGUCUCCACAACGUCGACAUCUCUUAUGCUAUAAGUACGUUUCAUAAAAUAAGAUUUUAUAUUUUAAGUAAUUAGAUUGUAUAUCCAAUACGUACUUUUUACGAUAACUCAUUUCAUUGGCAUUGUUCGUCUUGAAGUUUCGUAUCGCUAGCGAUUCUCGCCUGGCUGGGUCCGGUUGGGCGCGUCCUAGCGGUACAUGACCAAAAGUGCAGCGAGACAUCGCGCCACCUCCUCGAUCGAUAAGUGACGUGCGCAGGGCUUGCACCGACUUAUAUGCAGUAGGCUCUGCGUAUGAACUAGGAUUCUAAAAUAGGUCUUAUCCUUUAGAGAUUAGGGAUGGUUAUUUGAAAGCUGUGAAGUUAGUAUUAUAGUUGGAGUUAUAGUAUGUCUUUAGUUUUUAUUUGUAAUUGUAGACAUACCUAUUUUAUAUAAGAGAGAAUAGUUCCUGCUGAUAGAAUUUACCUCGCGUAUUGAUGUAUAAUUACUAGAGCCUAUAUUUGGUUCAGAGACUAUUAUGAAAAAUAUUUUGUUAAAACAUAUUUUAAGUAUCAAUAGCAUAUUCAUAUUUGAGAUUCGUUUCAUUAAUACUUGGGUAAAUUAUAUUACGUGUCUUUAAUUUCGUGGUAGCGUGUAAAGACAUAUAGUGCCAGAAAAAGAUGAGAUUUUGAGAAUAUUAAUUUAAGAGAACAAAGUCAGUCAGAUAAUAUUUAAAAUCAAGUGUCAGCCCUGAAUGAAAAUUAAUUGGCCAGCGUACCAACCCAGCACGGCGGUAUAAAAGUAUAUCCCGCUGGGGGUCCCAGCAAUCUUGCCCAGCCAGCGCACCACAUCAGUCAUGGAGAAACGCUCCCACAUUCUAUUUGCCCUGUUGUUAGUAGUUGUGCACAAUGAAGCAGCGCUGAUGGAGGCUCGUAAGGUCCUCCACAUCCCAGAGAAGAUCAUUGGAGGAGUCAUCGACAUCGUACAGAGUCACAAGAACAAGCCAGUGCCUGCCACUACCCAGGGUCCAGUGCAGCCAGUGUACCAAGGAACCCCACAAUAUACUUGGAAUCCUAAUGGUGGAUACUCCAACGGCUAUCAAGGACAAUACCAGGGUCAAUAUGUCAACUACGGAAACUAUCCCACAGGAAAUUAUCCUCAGGGUGGUUAUCCUGUUAAUUCCCAAAUUUAUCCAACGAAUGGCCAGCAAGGAUUCGCUACUCAAGGUCAAACACAAGGACAAUAUCAAGGAUAUCCUCAAAAUGGAGGAACACAAUUCCAAGGUCAGAAUCAACAAAGUUUUGAAGGGAAUCACCACCAAACACAGUUCCAAGGCCAACAAUCUGGUUUUAAUGGCCAAAAGCCGCAGAAUCAGUAUCAGGGACAAAACCAAGGAGGUCAAUACGGGAAUGGUCACUAUCAAGGGAAUUAUCAGGGUCAGAACAUGCAAGUACAACAGACCCAAAACGGCCAGUAUAAUGGCCAACAUGUCCAAACUGGGCAAUUUCUUGGAGAGAAUCAGCAGUCGAGCCAUUUCGUGACCCAAGGUCAGCAGGGUCAAUUUUCGGGCCAGAAUAUACAGCAGGGUUCAGGGUUUGUAAAUGGCCAAGGACAAGGUUCAGGCAACUGGCAGAAUGGCAGUUGGCAAAAUGGAAGCUUUCAGGUGUCUGGCACGCAGCAGCCGAUAGGAGCGGGACCAACGUGUGUUUGCCAAGCCUGGACUAAGCCCCAACCAGAUGACGGAUCAGGGAAGUCGGAUGAAAUAGACCUUAAAGCGGAAGCUAGUAAUUAGAUAACAUUCAGAAUGUAAUACUUAGUCUAAACACAUUAAACAAGUGCGC